AUGCCAGUUGUUCAAAAUCCUGAGAAUCCUGAAGAAACUAUAUCUGAUAUUUUCAAAGAUCCAGUUUUAGAUCCCAUAAAAAAAAGAGUGCUCGCCAUCCUUCAUUCUCUUUCCUCUGUCAUCCAUGUUGGAAUUUUCUACUUCCUUUUGGUGCAAUGGAGCAAAGUAGACAUCCCCACUGUAACGCAUUUUCAGAUCUUCUGUUUGGUGAUUAUUGGAAUUGGACUGCUUAUUAUACUGGCACUUUUGUUUGUAAUUUUACGGAUGGAAAUGAAAAUUGACACGCAUGCAAGACGGUUCUUUCACAUCUGGCCAUUGGUCCAUAUCGCACUUUCGACUAUUUACCAACUAGUCACUCAAAUUGUACUCUCCCACUGGAGAAUGUAUCAGAUACCAGCUCUCUACUCCGCUUGGGCCACCGCAGUGUCCGUUGGCAUUCAUCUCGUACUUCACUCCAUCUCCUUGUUUUGGAAAAUCUAG